UCAACUUCUUUGUUCUGUUCAGAUCGCUUGACCACUCCCGCCACUUGGCUCUCUCGACUGCACCCUCUCCAGGGAUGAUCACCAAAACCCACAAAGGAGACCUGGGCCUUGGGGUCCCAGAGAAAAAGAAGAAGAAGAAGAAGGUAGUCAAAGAACCAGAGACUCAGUACUCAGUUUUAAACAGUGAUAAUUAUUUCACCGAUAUCUGUCCCACAAGAGCCACAUCCCCCUCAAAGAAUGUGGUCCUAGGGCAGGCAUCUGAGAUCCCUCUAGUGAAGAAAAAGAAAAAAAAGAAGGGCCACAGCACCCUCUGCGAGGAGCACCUAGAACCUGAGACCAUAUUACGUGCUGGACGGACAGAGAAGUUGUACAGCCCCAGGAAGCAGGCUCUUGGUUCAUCUGAGUUCCAGAGUGGGGAGAAGAAAAAAAAGAGGAAGUCCUUAAGGCCUCUGGCCGUGUCUUCUGGCUCAAAAGUGAAAACCUCCCCGGACACAAGACAGGGUGAGGAGGUGACCAGAGUUGGCAAGAAGCCCAAAAAACACAAGAAGGAGAAAAAGGCCCAGGAGGCUGCAGCCUUCUCAGCCAAGGACCCUUGGUUCUGUGAGUCUGGGGAUACACUGUACACUUGCUCAGUGGAGAAGGAUGGCGAGGAGCAGGCAGCCUCAGGGCAGAAACGGAAGCAGGGGAGCCCCAGGGAAUGCAACGUGAAGAUGAAGAAGAAAAAGAAAAUCUACCAGAAGGGAGAUACCUCCCUAGAAGAGCAUCUUGAGUGCUCCAAGUCCGUGGAGAGCAGCCCUAGAAAAGGAAGUAAGAAGCCAGUCAAAGUUGAGGCUCCAGAAUACAUCCCAAUAGGACAUAACCCCAAGUCCCCUGCAAAGAAGAAAAUGAAGUCCAAGAAAAAGGUAGAGCAGCCAGGCAUUGAGGAGCCAGCUCUGAAGAGGAAUAAAAAGAAGAAGGGGAAAGAGAGCAGAGUAGCAGAAGAACCUUGGGAAGAGGAGCCUGACACAGACUUAGAGGUGGUGUUGGAAAAGAAAGGCAACAUGGAUGAGGCGCACAUAGACCAGGUGAGGCGAAAGGCCUUGCAAGAAGAGAUCGAUCGUGAGUCGGGCAAAACAGAAGCUUCUGAACAGAGGAAGUGGACAGGAACUCAGUUUGGCCAGUGGGAUACUGCCAGCUUUGAAAACGAGGAACAGAAACUGAAAUUUCUCAAACUGAUGGGUGGCUUUAAAAAUGGGGCCCCUUCAUUCAGCCGCCCCUCUAACACGAUCGGAAGGCCCAACAUGGCUCUCAGCAAGAAGGCGGCUGACGCCCUGCAGCAGAACCUGCAGCAGGACUACGACCGGGCCAUGAGCUGGAAGCACAAGCGGGGCGCUGGCCUUGGCUUCUCCUCCGCCCCAGACAAAACCUUUUAUAUUGACAGGAAUGCUUCCAAGUCGAUUAAGUUUGAAGAUUAGACUCUACUGUCUUGUCCUUCAAAACAGCCCAGAUUGCUUUUAUUAUUCAUUUAUGCAGUUGAAAGCCAUCUGACAACUGUCUCAGAUCAAACCUCUGCAGAGAUUAAGGAAAACUCUGCCUGUGUGCUUGGACGAAGUGGGGUCAGGGAGCUCAUGUUUCAGAAGCCAAGAGAACAUGUGAGUGGCUAACACCUACUAUUUUGUGUAUUAAGCAUUCCAUCCCUGUGUGAAGACAUCAGCAUAUAUAAAUAAUAGCUAAAUUUGCUGAGUGCUUAGUAUGUGCCAGGUACGUACUACUGUGUUUCCCUCGCAUUAAUGUAGUUAGUAAUUAUGAAAUAGGUGCUAUUAUCCCCAUCUUACCGUUGAGGAAACUGAGGUUCAGGGAUGAAGUAAUAAAAUUGCCCGGUUCACCCAACCAGUAAGUGCCAAGUGUUGGACUUUUGUAUCCCAUGUCCUGUGUCACUGUUCACUCUCCAAAUGUCCCCUUCUAGGGAAUUUCACCAGGAAUACUC